AUGCAGACAUCUUCUCUUUCCAUCAUCCGCCACUCUAUUCCCUUCCUCCGUCUCACGGCGAUUUAUCACGGCGGUUGCGGAGUUCGAGCUGGAAUUGGAGUCCGUAGCGGCUUCUAUCUUCUCUCAGCGAGACGAGAUAACCCCAAUGUCUCUAGAAAACCCGAGCCGAGCAAAAACAUGCUCAGAGCGAAGCAUAUCGGCAAGGAUUACUCCUCCUUAGCGCCGGUUCUCUCGCUAGACCACAAACCUCCUCUCUCGGAGUCUCAGGCCAUCGGCACCGUCGCCACCGCUCAAGCCAACUUUAUGCGCGUCACAGUCGACGACGGCGACGAGGGAGACGAUCGUUCGUCUAGUAAGACCGGCGUUGAGCUGCUCUGCGUGGUGAAAGCGGUAUUGAAGAAGAUACGGAGGAGAGUGCUGGUUGGGGAUAAGGUACUCGUCGGAUCUAUCGAUUGGGUGGAUCGGAGAGGAAUGAUUGAGAACGUGUUUCACCGCCGCUCGGAGAUUCACGAUCCUCCGGUGGCGAAUGUGGAUCACUUGCUGGUUCUCUUCUCUCUCGAUCAGCCGAAACUGGAGCCGUUCACGCUCACUAGGUUCUUAGUGGAAGCUGAAUCCACCGGAAUUCCACUCACACUUGCCUUGAACAAAUCCGAACUCAUCACUGAAGAGGAAUUGGAAUCUUGGAAGAUAAGACUGCGUGGGUGGAGCUAUGAUCCGUUGUUUUGCAGUGUGGGAACUAAAGAUGGACUUGAUGAGAUUGCAUACAUUCUGAGAAAUCAGACUUCUGUGAUUGUUGGACCUAGUGGUGUGGGGAAGUCGAGCUUAAUCAACAUGUUGAGGACUAACUCUGGUGGUUCCGUGGAAGACGAGAAUUGGUUUGAGCCUAUAUUAGGUAAUAGUAAGUGGUUUGAAGAUCAACGAGUAGGGGAAGUUUCAAGUAGAAGUGGUAGAGGUAAACAUACGACGAGAAAUGUGUCGCUGCUUCCACUCUCUGAAGGUGGUUUCCUCGCUGAUACUCCUGGUUUUAACCAGCCUAGUCUGUUGAAAGUAACGAAGCAAUCACUUGCUCUCUGUUUCCCUGAGAUACGGAAGUUGAUUGAGGAGGAGAAAUGUGGAUUCAAGGAUUGCUUACAUAUUGGGGAGCCAGGAUGUGUUGUGAAAGGUGAUUGGGAAAGGUAUCCUUACUACUUGCAGCUGCUUGAUGAGAUCAGAGUCAGAGAGGAGUUUCAACUUAGGACUUUUGGAACGAAAAGGGAAAGUGAUGUUAGGUACAAGGUGGGAGGAAUGGGUGUGAAACAAACUGAGCCAAGACUACAGCCUAAGAAGCAUAGGAGAGAGUCGAGGAAGAAGGUGAAACAGACGAUGAUCUCUGAGCUGGACGAGUUUGAAGAUGAAGACAGCGACUUGGACUACGAGGACGACCCAAUUGUGAAGGCAAUUGAGAAUGAGAAGAGCUGA